GAGUGAAAACAUCACCACCCUACACAAGCUUCUGGUGAUGGAUGUCAGGAUCAGGUGGGUGAAACAUAGGAGAGUUUCGAGUGGCAACGCACACAUCCGGUGGAGGAGACUAAGUGGGGAGAAUAUCUCUGAGUUGAUCAGGCGAGUGCAGGAGAAAGGGGCGUGGGAAUCGGCCGGAGAGGCUGCUGAUAUGUGGACGCAGACUGCUAACUGCAUCAGGGAAGCUGCCAGGGAAGUGCUUGGUGUGAGCUCUGGCUCAGGGAGUAGGCGGCAGGGUGAUUGGUGGUGGAGCGAUUCAGUCCAGAGUAAGGUGGAAGCUAAGAAGGUGGCAUAUUUGAGGUACAUGGGCUGCAAUGUUGAGGAAGAAAGAGCGGCGUUACGAGUGGAGUACAAGAAGGUACGUAAAGAAGCUAAGUUAGAGGUUACAAGGGCAAAGAAUGCCGCUUUUGAACGCCUCUACAAGGAUAUUGAGGAGAAAGGCGGUGUUAAUACACUGUUCCGGCUUGCUAAAGUGCGUGAGAGGAAGGCCCAAGAUCUGGACCACGUGCGUUGCGUGAAGGGCAGCGAUGGUAGAGUGUUAGUUGAGACUGCCAAGGUGGCUAAGCGCUGGGGGGAGUACUUUUGUGAACUCUUAAAUGCGGGAGGAGAGCAGAGGCUAGUUCUUGAUGAGCUGGGGCAAUCUUUCUGCCCACAUCAAUCUUUCUUUUUCACUAAAAGCAAGAAGUCGACAAAGUACCAAGGGAAAUGCCAGUGAUUGGAAAUUGUAAUGCAACGAAACAUGCACCCAAGAGAACAAAAAUUACACAGUUCUGACAAUAGUAAAAAUAAACUAAAUGAAUAAAGCACACUUAAUAGG